AUGACGGCGCCGAGGCAGAGCCGGCCGCCCGCGCUGCUGGGGCCGCUGUUCCUGUGCGCCGGGCUCCUCGCGGCCGCUGCGGGCCAGAACUGUGGAGGCCUGGUCCAGGGGCCCAACGGCACCAUCGAGAGCCCGGGGUUCCCGCACGGCUACCCCAACUACGCCAACUGCACCUGGGUCAUCGUCACCGGGGAGCGCGGCCGCGUCCAGCUGUCCUUCCACACCUUCGCGCUCGAGGAGGACUUCGACAUCCUGUCCGUGUACGACGGGCAGCUCCAGCAGGGGAACCUGAAAGUCAGGCUGUCGGGGUUCCAGCUGCCGUCGCCCAUCGUGAGCACCGGCUCCAUCCUCACCCUCUGGUUCACCACCGACUUCGCCGUGAGCGCCCAAGGCUUCAAGGCUCUGUAUGAAGUCCUGCCGAGCCGCGCCUGCGGGACCCCUGGAGAGAUCCUGAAGGGCGUCCUCCACGGCACGGGGUUCAACGUCGGGGACAAGGUCCGCUACAGCUGCCUCCCGGGCUACGUGCUGGAGGGCCACGCCACCCUGACCUGCAUCCUCAGCCCCGGCGCCGGCGCCUCCUGGGACUUCCCGGCGCCCUUCUGCCGAGCCGAGGGCGCGUGCGGGGGCACCCUGCGCGGCACGAGCAGCGCCAUCUCCAGCCCGCACUUCCCCGCCGAGUACGACAACAACGCGGACUGCACGUGGACCGUCCUGGCCGAGCCCGGGGACACCAUCGCGCUGGUCUUCACCGACUUCCAGCUGGAGGACGGCUACGACUUCCUGGAGAUCAGCGGCACCGACGCGCCGUCCGUCUGGCUGACCGGCAUGAAGCUCCCGUCCCCAGUGAUCAGCAGCAAGAACUGGCUACGCGUGCACUUCACGUCCGACAGCAACCACCGGCGCAAGGGCUUCAGCGCGCAGUUCCAAGUGAAAAAGGCCAUCGAGCUCAAGUCCAGAGGCGUGAAGGUGCUCCCCAGCAAGGACGGCAGCCACAAGCACUCCGUGUUGAGUCAAGGAGGUGUUGCCUUGGCCUCUGACAUGUGUCCAGACCCUGGGGUUCCAGAAAAUGGAAGAAGAGCAGGUUCUGACUUCAGGGUUGGCGCGAGCGUGCAGUUCUCCUGUGAGGACAACUAUGUGCUCCAGGGCUCCAAGAGCGUCACCUGCCAGAGGCUGACCGAGACGCUGGCGGCCUGGAGCGACCACCGGCCUGUCUGCCGAGCUCGAACCUGUGGGUCCAACCUGCGCGGGCCCAGCGGCGUCAUCACCUCCCCGAACUACCCCGUGCAGUACGAGGACAACGCCCACUGCGUGUGGGUCAUCACCACCGCGGACCCCGACAAGGUCAUCAAGCUGGCCUUCCAGGAGUUCGAGCUGGAGCGCGGCUACGACACGCUGACCGUCGGGGACGCGGGGAAGGUGGGGGACAGCAGGACGGUCCUCUACGUGCUCACGGGCUCCAGCGUGCCCGACCUCAUCGUGAGCAUGAGCAACCAGAUGUGGCUGCACCUGCAGUCUGACGACAGCAUCGCCUCGGCCGGCUUCAAGGCCGUGUACCAAGAGAUCGAGAAGGGGGGCUGCGGAGACCCUGGCGUCCCCCCCUAUGGGAAGCGGACGGGCAGCAGCUUCCGGCACGGGGACUCGCUGACCUUCCAGUGCCAGGCGGCCUUCGAGCUGGUGGGCGAGCGGGUCAUCACCUGCCAGCAGAACAACCAGUGGUCGGGGAACAAGCCCAGCUGCGUCUUCUCGUGUUUCUUCAACUUCACGGCGGCGGCGGGGGUCAUCCUGUCCCCGAACUACCCGGAGGAGUACGGCAACAACAUGAACUGCGUGUGGCUGGUCAUCUCCGAGCCCGGGAGCCGGGUCCACCUCAUCUUCAACGACUUCGACGUGGAGCCUCAGUUUGACUUCCUCGCAGUCAAGGACGACGGCAUUUCAGAAAUGACCGUCCUGGGUACUUUUUCCGGCAACGAAGUGCCUUCGCAGCUGGCCAGCAGUGGACACGUCGUCCGCCUGGAGUUCCAGUCUGACCACUCCACCACCGGCCGGGGGUUCAACAUCACCUACACCACGUUUGGGCAGAACGAGUGCCACGACCCCGGCAUCCCGGUGAACGGGCGGCGCUUCGGGGACCGCUUCCUGCUGGGCAGCUCCGUGUCCUUCCACUGCGACGACGGCUUCGUGAAGACGCAGGGUGCCGAGUCCAUCACCUGCGUGCUGCAGGACGGCAACGUGGUCUGGAGCGCCGCGGUGCCCCGCUGCGAAGCCCCGUGCGGCGGGCACCUGACGGCGGCCAGCGGGGUCAUCCUGCCCCCGGGGUGGCCGGGCUACUACAAGGACUCCCUGAACUGCGAGUGGGUCAUCGAAGCCAGGCCGGGCCACGCCGUCAAGAUCACCUUCGACAGGUUCCAGACCGAGGUCAACUACGACACCCUGGAGGUGCGGGACGGGCCGGGCGGCGCCGCGCCCCUCAUCGGGGAGUACCACGGCACGCAGGCGCCCCAGUUCCUCAUCAGCACCGGCAACGUCCUGUCGCUGCUCUUCACCACCGACAGCAGCCGCGCGAGCGUGGGCUUCCUCAUCCGCUACGAGAGUGUGACCCUGGAGUCUGACUCCUGCCUGGACCCCGGCAUCCCCGUGAACGGCCACCGGCGCGGCAGCGACUUCGGCGUCAGGUCCGCCGUGACCUUCGGCUGCGACCCGGGGUACACGCUGAGCGACGAGGAGCCCCUGGUGUGUGAGAGCAGCCAGCAGUGGAGCCACGCGCUGCCCAGCUGCGACGCCCUGUGCGGAGGCUACAUCCACGGCACGAGCGGGACGGUGCUGUCCCCCGGGUUCCCGGACUUCUACCCCAACUCCCUCAACUGCACGUGGACCAUCGAAGUCUCUCACGGGAAGGGCGUCCAGAUGAUGUUCCACACCUUCCACCUGGAGAGCUCCCACGACUACCUGCUCAUCUCGGAGGACGGCAGCUUCGCGGCGCCCGUGGCCAGGCUCACCGGCUCGGUGCUGCCCCACACUGUCAAGGCCGGCCUGUUCGGCAACUUCACCGCCCAGCUCCGCUUCAUCUCCGACUUCUCCAUCUCCUACGAGGGCUUCAACGUCACCUUCUUGGAGUACGACCUGGAGCCCUGCGAGGACCCGGGCGUCCCGGCCUUCAGCCGGAGGGUCGGCUUCCAGUUUGGCGUCGGGGACGUGCUGACCUUCUCCUGCUUCCCGGGGUACCGCCUGGAAGGGGCCACCAAGCUGACCUGCCUGGGCGGGGGCCGCCGUGUGUGGAGCGCACCUCUGCCAAGGUGUGUGGCGGAGUGCGGCGCGAGCGUCCGGGGAAACGAAGGCACGCUGCUGUCCCCCAACUUCCCGGCCAACUACGACAACAACCACGAGUGCGUCUACAGCGUCGAGACAGAGCCCGGCAAGGGCGUGCGGCUGCGGGCCCCGACCUUCCAGCUGUUCCACGGUGACGUCCUCAAGGUCUAUGACGGCAAGGACAGUGCCUCGCGGCCCCUGGGCGCCUUCACCGGCAGCGAGCUCGAGGGCCGGGUCCUCAACAGCACGUCCAACCACCUGUGGCUGGAGUUCGACUCUGACGGCUCCGACACCCGCCAGGGCUUCCAGCUCACCUACACCAGCUUUGACCUCGUGAAGUGCGAGGAUCCCGGGACCCCCAGCUACAGCUACCGGAUCCGCGACGACGGCCACUUCGCGGACACGGCGGUCGUGUACAGCUGCAGCCCCGGCUACGCCCUGCACGGCAGCGCCACGCUCACCUGCCUGGGCGGCCACCGCAGGGUGUGGGACCGGCCGCUGCCCUCCUGCGUGGCGGAGUGUGGGGGCCAGGUCCACGCAGCCACCUCGGGGCGCAUCUUGUCUCCGGGCUACCCGGCCCCCUACGACAACAACCUGCACUGCACGUGGGUGCUGGAGGCCGACCCGGGGAGGACCAUCAGCCUGCACUUCAUUGUGUUCGACACGGAGGCGGCCCACGACAUCCUGAAGGUCUGGGACGGGCCGGUGGACAGCGACAUCCUGCUCAAGGAGUGGAGCGGCUCGGCGCUGCCCGAGGACGUCCACAGCACCUUCAACUCGCUCACCCUGCAGUUCUCCAGCGACUUCUUCAUCAGCAAGUCCGGCUUCUCCAUCCAGUUCUCAACGUCCGUCGCCUCCACCUGCAAUGACCCCGGCACGCCGCAGAACGGCACCCGCUACGGGGACAGCAGGGAGCCGGGAGACACGGUGGCCUUCCAGUGCGACCCCGGCUACCAGCUGCAAGGACAGGCCACCAUCACCUGUGUGCAGCUGGACAACCGCUUCUUCUGGCAGCCGGACCCCCCCACGUGCAUAGCGGCCUGUGGUGGGAACCUGACCGGCCCGUCAGGCGUCAUCCUGUCCCCCAACUACCCUCAGCCCUACCCUCCCGGGAAGGAGUGUGACUGGACCAUCCGCGUGAACCCCGACUUCGUCAUCGCCUUGAUCUUCAAAAGCUUCAGCAUGGAGCCCAGUUACGACUUCCUGCACGUGUACGAGGGCGAGGACUCCAACAGCCCCCUGGUGGGCAGCUUCCAGGGCGCGCAGGCGCCCGACCGGCUCGAGAGCAGCGGGAGCAGCCUGUUCCUGGCCUUCCGCAGCGACGCCUCCGUGGGCCUGUCGGGCUUCGCCAUCGAAUUCAAAGAGAAGCCCCGGGAGGCCUGCUUCGACCCUGGCAGCAUCAUGAACGGGACCAGGGUUGGCUCGGACUUCAAGCUGGGCUCCAGCGUCAGCUACCAGUGCGACUCCGGCUACACGCUGGGGGACCCCGCCCCUGUCACCUGUGUGAUGGGCGCCGACGGGAGGCCGGCCUGGGACCGGGCGCUGCCGGCCUGCGAAGCGCCCUGUGGGGGCCAGUACACCGGGCCAGACGGGGUGGUGCUGUCGCCCAACUACCCUCGCAACUACACAGCGGGCCAGACCUGUCUCUACUCCAUAACGGUGCCCAAGGAGUUCGUGGUCUUCGGGCAGUUCGCCUACUUCCAGACAGCGCUGAAUGACCUGGCGGAGCUGUUCGACGGUGCCCACCCCCAGGCCCGGCUCCUGAGCUCCCUCUCAGGGUCCCACUCAGGUGAGACCUUGCCGCUGGCUACCUCAAAUCAGAUCCUGCUUCGGUUCAGCGCCAAGAGCGGGGCGUCUGCCCGGGGCUUCCACUUCGUCUUCCAAGCCGUCCCCCGGACCAGCGACACGCAGUGCAGCUCCGUGCCCGAGCCCCGCUAUGGGAGGAGGAUCGGCUCCGAGUUCUCGGCUGGCUCCGUCGUGCGCUUCGAGUGCAGCCCGGGGUAUCUGCUGCAGGGCUCGGCGGCCAUCCGCUGCCGGGCGGUGCCCAGCGCCCUGGCCGAGUGGAACGACACUGUGCCCAGCUGCGUGGCCCCCUGCAGCGGCAACUUCACACAGCGGAGAGGCACCAUCCUGUCGCCCGGCUACCCCGAGCCCUACGGCAACAACCUGAACUGCGUGUGGAGGAUCAUGGUCACCGAGGGCUCGGGCAUCCAGAUCCAGGUGGUGGGCUUCGCCACGGAGCAGAACUGGGACUCCUUGGAGAUCCACGAUGGGCCCGAUGCAUCCGCCCCCAGGCUGGGGAGCUUCUCAGGAACCACGGUCCCAGCACUGCUCAACAGCACGUCCAACCAGCUCUACUUGCACUUCCAGUCUGACAUCAGCGUGGCCGCCGCGGGCUUCCACCUGGAGUACAAAACUGUAGGUCUGGCCGCCUGCCCAGAGCCCGCCCUGCCCAGCAAUGGCAUCCGGACCGGGGACCGCUACCUGGUCAACGACGUGCUGUCCUUCCAGUGCGAGCCGGGCUACACGCUGCAGGGCCGGUCCCACAUCUCCUGCAUGCCCGGAACCGUGCGGCGCUGGAACUACCCGCCCCCGCUCUGCAUCGCCACCUGUGGAGGGACGCUGAGCAGCAUGGGGGGCGUGGUGCUGAGCCCCGGGUUCCCGGGAGCAUAUCCCAACAACCUGCACUGCACCUGGAAGAUCGUCCUGCCUGUCGGCUACGGCGCACACAUCCAGUUCCUGAACUUCUCCACCGAGGCCAACCAUGACUACCUGGAGGUCCGGAACGGCCCCCACCACUCCAGCCCCGCGAUCGGCCAGUUCAGCGGCCCCGACCUGCCCGCCCCGCUGCUGAGCACCACGCACGAGACCCUCGUCCACUUCCACAGCGACCACUCGCAGAGCCGACAGGGGUUCAAGCUUGCCUACCAAGCCUACGAGCUGCAGAACUGCCCGGAUCCGCCACCCUUCCAGAACGGCUACAUGGUCAGCUCGGACUACAGUGUGGGCCAGUCCAUCUCUUUUGAGUGCUACCCGGGGUACGUCCUGAUGGGCCACCCUGUCCUCACCUGUCAGCACGGCAUCAACAGGAGCUGGAAUCACCCCUUUCCAAAAUGCGACGCUCCCUGUGGGUACAACGUGACCUCUCAGAACGGCACCAUCUACUCCCCCGGCUUUCCCGACGAGUACCCCAUCCUGAAGGACUGCGUCUGGCUCAUCACUGUGCCCCCCGGCCACGGCGUCUAUGUCAACUUCAGCCUGCUGCAGACUGAGGCCGUCAACGACUACAUUGCCGUGUGGGACGGCCCCGACCCCAGCGCCCCGCAGCUAGGGGUGUUCAGCGGGAACACGGCGCUGGAGACGGCGCACAGCUCCAGCAACCAGGUGCUGCUCAAGUUCCACAGCGACUUCUCCAACGGGGGCUUCUUUGUGCUCAACUUCCAUGCGUUUCAGCUGAAGAAAUGUCAGCCUCCCCCAGUGGUUCCGCGGGCAGAGAUGGUCGCGGAGGACGAGGACUUCGAAAUAGGUGACUUCGUCAGGUACCGGUGCCAGCCGGGCUACACGCUGUCGGGAGCUGACACUCUGACCUGCAAGCUUGGCGCUCAGCUGCAGUUUGAGGGUGCUCCCCCCAAGUGUGAAGCGCAAUGCCCCGCAAACGAGGUCCGGACUGAGUCUGCUGGCGUCAUCCUGAGCCCCGGCUACCCGGGCAGCUACCUGAACUCGCAGACGUGCUCCUGGAGCAUCCGUGUGGACCCGGACUACAACAUCACCCUCUACGUGGACGCCUUCCAGAGCGAGAAGCAGUUCGACGCCCUGGAGGUGUUUGACGGUUCCUCGGGCCAGAGCCCGCUGCUGGUCGUGCUGAGCGGCAACCACACGGAGCAGGCGAACUUCACGAGCAGGGGUCACCAGCUCUACCUGCGCUGGUCCACGGACCAUGCCACCAGCAAGAAGGGCUUCAAGAUCCGCUACACGGCGCCCUACUGCAGCCUGACCCAGCCCCUGCGGAACGGCGGCGUGCUCAACAGGACGGCGGGUGCGCCGGGGAGCACCGUGCACUACUUCUGCAGGCCCGGGUACCGGAUGGUCGGCCGCAGCAACGCCACCUGCAGGCGGAGCCCUGCGGGCAUGUACCAGUGGGACGCCCCCAGCCCCCUCUGCCAGGCUGUGUCCUGUGGGAUCCCCGAGGCCCCCGGGAAUGGCUCCUUCAGCGGCAUCGAGUUCUCCCUGGGCAGCCGCGUGACCUUCGCCUGCCACGAGGGCUUCGUGCUGGCCACCAGCCCCCCUGCCUCGGCCGUGUGCCAGGAGGACGGGACCUGGAGCAACGGAGGAAGGCCUCCCGCCUGCACACCGGUCACCUGCCCCAGCGUCGCGGCGCAGCUCCCGGAGCACGUCACCUGGCGGCUGGUCUCCGGGUCCCCCGACGAGUUCGGGGCCCAGGUGGUGCUGAGCUGCAGCCCGGGCUACGCGCUGGAGGGCCCACGGCUGCUGCGGUGCCAGGCGGACGGGACCUGGAGCGCGGGCCACGAGCGGCCCCGCUGUCGAGUGAUCUCUUGCGGGGGCCUGUCCUCCCCCCCGAACGGCAACAAGAUCGGGACGAUGACGGUGUUCGGGGCCACGGCCAUCUUCACCUGCAACACGGGCUACACGCUGGUGGGCGCCCCCGUGCGCGAGUGCCUGGCUAGCGGGCUGUGGAGCGGCCCCGAGACCCGCUGCCUAGCGGGCCACUGCGGCUCCCCAGACCCCGUCGUGAACGGCCACAUCAGCGGGGACGGCUUCAGCUACCGGGACACGGUGGUCUACCAGUGCCACCCCGGCUUCCGGCUGGUGGGCACCUCCGUCAGGAUCUGCCUGCAGGACCACAGGUGGUCGGGACAGACGCCCGUCUGCGUCCCCAUCACGUGCGGUCACCCCGGGAACCCCGCCCACGGGCUAACGGACGGCAGCGAGUUCAACCUGAACGACGUGGUGAACUUCACCUGCCGUGCGGGGCACCUGCUGCAGGGCGCCGCCCGGGCCCAGUGCCGCAGCGACGGCCAGUGGAGCAGCCCGCUGCCCACCUGCCGAGUGGUGAACUGCUCGGAUCCAGGCUCCGUGGAGAACGGCGUCCGGCAGGGCCGCGAGAGCUUCCCCGAGACCUUUGAGUACGGAAGCAGCGUUCUGUACCACUGCAAGACGGGCUUCUACCUGCUGGGCUCGUCGGCCCUGACCUGCACGGCCAGCGGCCACUGGGACCGCGCCCUGCCCAAGUGCCUGGCCAUCUCCUGCGGGCACCCAGGGGUCCCUGCCAGCGCUGUGCUAGCGGGAGAACAGUUCACGUACGGGGCGCACGUCCACUACUCGUGCAAAGGCGGCCAGAGCCUGGUGGGCAACAGCACCCGCAUCUGCCAGGAGGACGGCCGCUGGAGCGGGGCGCCGCCCCACUGCACAGGCAGCAACCCUGGCUUCUGCGGCGACCCCGGGAUCCCGGCGCACGGCUCUCGACUGGGGGACGAGUUCAAGGUGAAGAGCCUCCUGCGCUUCUCCUGCGAGGUGGGCUUCCAGCUGCGGGGCUCCCCCGAGCGGACCUGCCUGCCCGACGGCUCGUGGUCAGGGCUGCAGCCCGUGUGUGAGGCCGUGUCCUGCGGGAACCCCGGCACGCCCACCAAUGGCAUGAUCGUUAGCAGCGACGGCGUCCUGUUCUCCAGCUCCGUCGUCUACGCCUGCUGGGAGGGCUACAGGACCUCAGGGCUGACGACGCGGCACUGCACCGCCAACGGCACCUGGACGGGCACAGCCCCCGACUGCACGAUUAUAAGCUGUGGAGACCCGGGGACACUGGCCAAUGGCAUCCAGUUUGGCACUGACUUCACCUUCAAUAAGACUGUGAGUUUCCAGUGCAACCCCGGCUACCUCAUGGAGCCCCCCGCAUCGGCCACCAUCCGCUGCACCCAAGACGGCACGUGGAACCACAGCAAACCGGCCUGCAAAGCCGUGCUGUGUGGCCAGCCGCCCCCCGUGCAGAAUGGCCGCGUGGAGGGCACGGACUUCCGCUGGGGUGCCAGUGUCAGCUACAGCUGCAGUGCGGGCUUCCAGCUGUCCUACUCGGCCAUCCUGUCCUGUGAGGGCCGCGGCGUGUGGACAGGAGAGCCGCCCCAGUGCCUGCCUGUCUUCUGUGGGGACCCUGGCACCCCUGCAGAGGGGCGACUCAGCGGCAAAAGCUUCACCUACAAGUCUGAAGUCUCCUUCCAGUGCAAGCCCCCCUUCGUGCUGGUGGGCUCUUCCAGAAGGUUCUGCCAGGCAGAUGGCUCCUGGAGUGGGGUCCAGCCCAGCUGCAUCGAUCCGGCUCAUAACAGCUGCCCCGACCCUGGCACCCCGCACUUCGGAACCCAGAACAGCUCUCGAGGAUACGAGGUGGGCAGCGCCGUGUUCUUCCGGUGCAGGAAAGGGUACCACGUGCAGGGCUCCACCACGCGCACCUGCCUCGCGAACCUGACGUGGAGCGGGACCCAGACCGAGUGCAUCCCGCACGCCUGCCGGCAGCCAGAGACACCAGCCCACGCCGACGUGCGGGCCAUCGACCUGCCGGCCUUCGGCUACACGCUGGUCUACUCCUGCCACCCGGGCUUCCUCCUGGCGGGAGGGUCGGAGCACCGGACAUGCAGAGCAGACAUGCGGUGGACCGGGAAGUCGCCCGUGUGCAAAAGUAAAGGAGAGAGAGAAGUUAAUGACACAGUUACUAAAGCUCCAGUUCCUUCGGACGUGUUCUUCGUGGGCUCGGUGUGGAAGGGGCACUACGAGCAUUUAGGGAAAAGGCAGCCUGGGACCCUGACUGUGGACUGGCUGGACGCCAGCAGCAGUAAGCUCAACGCCACCUUCCUGGAGGCCUCUCAGGUGGAGCUGAAGCUGACAGGCAUUUACAAGAAGGAGGAGGCCCAUUUACUCCUGAAAGCUCUUCAAGCCAAAGGCCCGGCGGACAUUCUUCUGGGCGAGUCUGAAGACGGCGGCUGGGCGCUGGACGGCUACGUGUCUUCAGGCCUUGAAAGAGGAGGAUUUACUUUCCAAGGAGAUGUGCACGGGAAGGGCUUCGGGGCGUUCAGGCUUGAACGGCAAGAUCCGCCGGACCCUGACCAGGGCCCCCCCAGCCACCGCGGGGGCACCAGCAGCGGCUCCGUGGCGGCGGCCAUCUUGGUCCCGUUCUUCGCGCUCAUCCUGUCUGGGUUUGCGUUUUACCUCUACAAACACAGGACCAGGCCCAAGGUCCAGUACAACGGCUACGCGGGCCACGAGAGCAGCAACGGGCAGGCGUCCUUCGAGAACCCCAUGUACGACACGGCGCUGAAGCCCACGGAGGCCAAGGCGGUGCGCUUCGACACGACGCUCAACACCGUGUGCACCGUGGUGUAGCCGCCACAGCCAUACCUCGC